UGGAAUGCAAUGGCAGGACAGCCAGGAAACAGGUUGACUCUAGGAGCUCCAUUAGGUGGGCAGCAGUUGGGCCAGACAGCUAACAGUCAAAAUUUAAGCCUCGGCGGGCAGACAUCGCAGGCAACAGGUUUGGGAACGUCUGGUUUGCAGCUUCCAGCAUUUCAGAUGGGUUCAGGAAGUGGUCUCACGCUUGGAUCAGGAGGUGGCUUUCAGCUUAGUCAGCCAGCAGGAACAUCUACAGGUGGCCUUCAGCUUGGUCAGCAGGGAUCUGGCUUAAGAAUUGGAAUUGGCAGUACGCAACAGACAGGCACAUCUGCAGGUGGGCUUCAGCUCGGUGGUCAGUUGGGAGGUGGCAUGAAAAUUGGAGCAUCUACAACACAGUCAGGUAUACCGACUGGUGGUCUUCAACUUGGGCAAACUACUCCACAACUAGGCGGUGGUUUGAGACUAGGAGCAUCUACGGCACAGUCAGGUCUGCCGACUACUGGUCUUCAACUUGGGCAAAUGACUUCACAAUCAAGUGGUGGCUUGAGACUGGGAGCAUCUACAACACAGACUGGUAUGCCAACUACUGGUCUUCAACUCGGGCAAAUGACCUCACAAUCUAGCGGUGGGUUGAGACUGGGAGCAUCUACAGCACAGUCAGGUAUACCAACUGGUGGUCUUCAACUUGGGCAAAUGACUUCACAAUCUAGCGGAGGCUUGAGACUGGGAGCAUCUACAACACAGACAGGUAUGCCAACUACUGGUCUUCAACUUGGGCAAACAAUUUCACAGCCAAGCGGUGGCUUGAGACUGGGAACAUCUACAGCACAGACAGGUAUGCCAACUGGUGGCCUUCAACUUGGACAAGUUGGUCAACUUGGACAAACACAAGGCAUGCCGACUGCCAGUCUCUCAACUGGCGGUUUGCAGUUGGGGCAAAUGCCUCAACUAAGUGGAGGUUUGAAGCUUGGAACGUCGUCCACACAGCCCGGCGGUGGACUUCAACUCGGACAGCUUGGAAACAGUUCACAGUCGGUUGCGGGAUUGAAACUGGGGACAUCAAUGACUCAGUCAGGUUUAUCCACUGGAGGUCUUCAGCUGGGCAGCCAAGCAGGCGGUUUAAAGCUUGGCAUCGGAGCACAACAGAGUACAAGUGGACUAACUAGUGCUAUGUCUUCCACUGCCAUGGGAGGACUACAACUUGGUGGAAUCGGUGGUGCAUCGUCAACUCAAACUGGUUUGAGGCUUGGUGGUAUGACAACAACUGGGCCAUUGCAGUUGGGUGGACAGUCAAGUACUACUGCUUCUUCUGGUAUUACUGGUGGCUUGCAACUUGGUGUGCCACGGUCAACUGCAACUGCUGUAAGCGGUGUGGGACUGACUUCAGGAGGUUUGACGCUUGGUCAGGCUGGAGCUCUGGCAGCAAGCACCGGAUCACAACUUGGUCUGUCACACUCGCUCACAGCCGCCACUGGCGGUGGUCUCUCAUUAGGAUCUACUCUCACAACAAGUGCCAGUGGUUCUACAGCAGGUGCUGCUGCUCCUGUACCUAAACUAACAUACAAACAGCUUGAAGAUCAGAUUAACAAGUGGAGUGUUGAACUCGAGGAGCAGGAAAAAAUGUUCUUGCAGCAAGCACAGCAGGUGAAUGCAUGGGACACUCUACUGACAGACAAUGCAGACAAGAUUAUGCAGUUGAACACGGAAGUAGAGAAAGUCAAAGCUGAUCAAUAUAGGUUGGACAAUGAACUUGACUUCAUCUUGACUCAACAACAAGAACUAGAAGAGAUUCUAAGUCCUCUCGAAGACUCCAUUAGAGCACAAGGUCGAUCAACAUUAACACAACACGCCGACCAAGAAAGAGAGAGAACUUACCAGUUGGCAGAGAACAUUGACGGCCAACUGAAGCGAAUGUCUCAAGACCUGAAGGACAUCGUCGAUCAUCUCAACACGAUGAACACAUCGAAUCAAGACAGCAACAAUCCAAUCCACCAGAUUGCGAAGAUACUUAACCUUCACAUGGAGUCACUGCAAUGGAUUGAUCAGAAUUCAGCUAUAAUGCAACGCAAAGUCGAAGAGAUUUCUCGCCUUUGCGAAACAAGGAGAAGAGAACAAGAGCGAAGUGUCCGUCUGGCGUUCGAAUGAGUUGAAGUCUGUUAUGACGAGUUGCACGUGAACAUAGACAUUCGAGACAAGUUUGAUGAUAUACGCAAUACAAUGUGUGACUCUGGCAAUUGUAUUAUUGCGUAUGACUACUAGUAGUUGCUACGUUGUCUAUAGACUUUAUACAAGUAGUCGGUUAACAUGCCAAUCCCAUCCAUGCUACCCAACGCCUGCAUGACUCUCAUAAUAAUAUGAGUUUAGUAUUAACAAAAACACCAGUAUUGUUGUAGUUAGUUAUUGAUAGUAAAUGAA